AUGCAAGAGUCUCGAACUCGCAGUUCUCAGCAUGGCCACAGCGACUCAACGACACCGCAGGCGGCUGUCGGUUCCGUGCGGAAACGGCAAUCUACCACACCUGCUUCGCGCCGCCGGGGACAACCGCCUCAAGAAAGCGCAAACUCUCGCCGAUACACACCCUAUAGUCUCUCGUCUAAGCCGACACCUACGCUCUCGGACGACGACAGUGACUCUGGACCAGAUCUUGACGAAGACGAUCCAUCCCCUUCAUCCGCUGUAUCUCGGGCUCGCUUGUCUACUCCGCCUAGAAACAUUGAUAGGGAUACACGGCGGCCUCGUCGUUGGCGUCUGGUCGAUAAAUCGCCUUUGGGUCUAACCGACGUGGUCACUGGGACCGACAAUAGCAAUGGCAUUUUGCAAGAUUGCCACCUGGCCAAUCGUGCUUAUGGGUGGAAUCAUCCAAAAUUUAUCAGUGGCAUGGAGCUCAUCCUGUCAUUACCCCCCGGAACGUUCAACCUCGACGGCACGGGGAACAGGAUUUUCCUCGAACCCAGUAUGCACGUCCUGAUGGAUCGCGGAAAGUUCACGUUUUUCCCCGAGAGAAAGGUCCUCAUUAGGCUCUUGACCGCAUUGAGGCGAGAGUAUCUUUCUCUUCCCGACGGCCAGGAGGGUCCGAUUAGGCGCAACGCUGCUGGUUUUCCACACCACAAGGAUGUGUUUCCGGAAGAGACAUGGCUUUACCACACUGCUCCCCUGUCCUCAUGGACUGGCACUCGGCCGAUCACUUGCUUGGUCUCCGUCGACGAGAAUGGUCGAGCCCUACACAAGGAGUACUCGCCGCCUUGGAAUGACCCGUUGCCGAUCACCGAGAUGCAUUGCUCCCCCUACCUUGUCGUCUGGACGGCGUACAAGUGGCUUCGAAAGGGUGCACACGCCCCCGCUCAUCUUGCCGAUGAGGAGGAUCUGGUGAUCGAGAUCGGCCGGAUUAUGUGGCAAUACGCUAGUAUUCCCGACGAGUGCUACUAG